AUGCGCUUCUUCGCCUCCCUCCCGCUGGUCCUCCUGACCUUGAUCAGCUCGGCCCAGGCCCAGUUUGGCUUCUUUGACCAGAUGUUCGGCGGCCAGCAACAGCAACAACAGCCGCAAAAUGUCCCAAGUGACCCGUCACAAUACCAGCAACGAUAUGAUGGCUCCUACUGCGAACACUACCUCUGCCCCGACACCCUCGCCUGCGUCCACUUCCCCCACCACUGCCCUUGCCCCUGGCCCGCGAACCAGGACAAGUUCGAGCUCACAGACGGCAACCGGAUCUGCGUUUCGAGAGGCGGCUUUGCUGCAGGCGAGGCGGCGAGGAAGAUUGAGUUGGCGCGCAAGGGUCUUUUGUGA